UAAUGUCGAUAGUAAUAUUUAUAAUACCAAGAAGAUUUUUUACUUGUCGCUGUCUUCAAUGAUUGCUUAUAGAUUCAUCAUUUAUAUUAUCUAUUGCCAUAUUAUGCUAGGUUCUUGUAUCGAAAAUGCUUUUAUUUCUAUGGCCAUUGCUACUGUUGUGUUAGCUUCAGACGUUAUACUUAUGGUGUAUUCUCUUGUAUUUUAUUCUGUCUAUCAACGUUUGAAAAAAUUUGCUACUUAUCUAAAAGACAGUCCUAAUGUGAUAGCAUGUUGUAAUAACUACAAAAUGUUAGCUGAUCAAACAGAAAAUACUAAGAGACCUAUGGAUGUCAUCGUAAGUUGUUUUUCAUUUGACAAUAUCAAUUAUAUUUUCACAAGUUUAAUUUGACUGUUUCUUAAUAAAGAUAAUUCUUAAUACUAAUAAAUUUCGAUAUUUCUCUUUUCAGUAUUUAAUAUCUUUGCUGUUCAAUAUACCUGAGUUGUUGACUAUUCUAUUUACCACAAUAUUGCUUUUCGCUAAAGGAUCCGAUGAGGUAUUUAUUAUACUAGAGCUAAUUUAUUAUUUGUUAAUGUGCCUGUUACAUUUGCUUUUGUUGUACAAAUUCAAUUCUGAGAGUUCAUAGGAAUGACUAAAUCAUUGAAAACUAUCUGGCAAAUACACAACAUUUUGUGAC